AUGUGUACAGAAUGUGGGUACAGAGCAGCUCAUAGGUCUGCUCUAUCCCAACACAUGAGAACUCAUACAGUAAAAAAAGAAACCUUCAAGUUUGACCAGUGUGACUAUUCUGCAGCACGGAAACACCGUUUGGACGAGCAUCGCACAAAGCACAGUGGUAAGAAACCCCUCAUGUGUGGAGAGUGUGGGUAUAGGACAGCUCAUAAAUCUAACUUAUCCAAACAUAUGAGAACCCACAUAGGUGAAAAGCCAUACAAGUGUGACCAGUGUGACUACUCUGUUGCACGGAAAGUAGAAAAACCGUACAAGUGUGACCUGUGCGGCUAUUCUGCUGCACAAUCUUCUGCCUUGGUCAGUCAUUUGACAACAAAGCACACUGAUGGGAAACCUUACAAAUAUGACCAGUGUGACUAUUCUGCAGCACAGAAGGCCACUCUUUCACAACUCCUUCCCAGUCUGUAG